AUGGCAUUUGCGCCAGUUCCUCUCACUCAUGGCAGACACGAGAUGCUGGGCCCAGUCGCACGCUUGAACGGCAGGGUAUUCGGCGAUGACCCCGUCAUUACCUACAUGCUGCUGGAUAUACCAAAGGAGGAGCGACUGGCGUACCUACCCACGUACUGGUCUAUCCUAGUCAAGUCGGCUUUGCUCAACGACGCGGUGAUUACCGAGGCCGAUGACUGGAAAGCCGCGUCCGUCGUGAUUCCCCCUGGAAAGCAUGUGGACAAUGUGUGGACUCUUUUCUAUGCUGGCUUUGUCUGCGUCCUGUGGAAGAUGGGGCUUUCUGGCUUCAAGCGUCUUUGGUCCGAAUUCUCAGGCAUGACCGAUGAUGCGAAGAGGAUUGGUCUUCGCGGUCAGAAGCGGUACUACUACAUCUUCAGCAUCGGGACCGAGGUCGAGCACCGCGGGAGAGGUCUCGCCAAAGCUAUCAUGCACGAGCACAUGAGGAGGGCUCAGCUUGAAAACGUUCCAAUCUGGCUCGAGGCCACGACGCCCAACUCUCGGAAGUUAUACCUCUCGAUGGGGUUCGAGGAAAUCGAAGAGAUUAUACUUGGGAAGGGCAAAGUCGACAAGAACGCUAAUCUUCAGCCCGGAGGCCCGGGUGUACCGCUUUGGGCUAUGGUCUGGUGGCCUGAGCAGCAAUCUGGUCAUACUUCUUCAUCCUAA